UUCCCUCUUAGAACUCCCCGGGCUUCUGGUUCCUCCUUAAAUUCUGCUGUAAGCAACCCAGAAUAAUUUCAGUGCAGUGUGCUGUGUGCUGUGUUUUUAUUUGGUCUACAAGACCCAACAACAACUGUUUGAUAUGCAUGAUGGAAGUUGCUGUGAAGUCAUCAGAUGAACAUCCAUGGUGGAAGGAGCUUGUAGAUGAUUUAUCUGAGAACUAUGACAACUAUUCUUUUUAUGAAGACAACAGUUACGAGGAAGGUGAUGUUUGUGACCUGACUAUGGGUAUGGAUUUUGAAGCAAUGUUCAUCCCAGUUCUGUACUCAGUGGUGUUUAUUGUUGGAAACCUGGGAAAUGGAUUGUUGAUAGCAGUGCUAAUAAGGACCAGGAAGACCUGGAAUGUAACAGAUACCUUCAUCCUUCACCUGGCUUUGGCGGAUGUCCUGCUGCUGAUGACGCUGCCACUCUGGGUUACACAGUCUGCUAGUAUGGUUGGAUGGUCAUUUGGAACCCCUCUCUGCAAGAUCACCGGAGCCAUUUUUACGAUCAGCUUGUAUUGUGGGAUUUUCCUCUUAGCCUGCAUCAGCGUGGACCGCUACCUCUUCAUCGUCCAUUCUACCAAGAUGUACACUCGCAGGAAGCCCUGGGUGGUUCAAGCCAGCUGCUUGGUGGUGUGGUUCUUCUCCCUGAUCCUCUCCAUCCCUGACUGGUACUUUUUAGAAGCUGUGGAAGAUGUCCGACGAAGCAGAACAGAGUGUGUUCAUAACUACUUUAAACUUAGCCCAGAAUAUUUUUAUUUCUUAAGAAUGGCAGCGCGAUGGCUGUACCACAGUAUGGGCUUCCUGCUACCUUCAUUUGUUUUGAUCUUCUGCUACUCCUCCAUCAUGUGGCAGCUGGGAUGUGUACGCCUCCAAAAGCAGAGAGCUUUCAAAGUCAUAAUAGCUGUAGUGGCAGUUUUCUUUCUCUGCUGGACUCCACUUAAUGUCACACUUAUUGUGGACACAAUUCAUCAAAACAGCAGUGGCAGAACAGCAUGUGUAACAAUAACAUCUCUGCACAAAGCUCGGUUAGUGACAGAGAGUUUGGGAUACCUUCACUGCAGCCUCAGUCCCAUCCUGUACGCCUUUGUGGGUGUGAAGUUCCAACAUCAUCUGCUAAACAUCCUGAGGUCCAUGGGUUGCAAGCUAAAAACAAGCGUCAAAUCUGAAUCUUAUGCCUGGAGAGGCUCGAUCUGGUCUGAGUCAGCUGACACCUCCAACUCCGUUGCAAUCUGAAAGUCAACAGUGAGAAGUUCAAAUGUGCUCAUCAGAGACAUAAAAAUUACUUUAGCAAACACCUUGAUUUCUAAAAGCUAGGACUAGAUGCACAGAUUUUAAUUUGUUGGGAUUUUUUUCUAAUCAAAACAGUAAAGAUUGUAGAGAAACCACAGACUUUUUAUAGAUGUCAACGAGGCCUUAGUAUAAUGCUGGAUGGAUAUUCAAGCACUCUUUUUGGCAGAAGAGGUUGGUUUCCUAGCUCAGGCCCAACUUUUCAGCAUGCAAUUUAGGAUAUUGAUAUGUCAUCAGAGCGACUUCAGCAGCUUAACAUUUGCUUCCUUUAUCCAUUCCAAAACCAGUUUGUGCUUUGGAUCAUUGUUCUGUUAUAACACCAGAUUAUCCAUAUUUGAACCAUCUGACCCAAACUAGUCCAGCAGCAAAAGGGAAAGUGGUUAAGAUGUUCAAGAACAACUUAGAAACUAAGGAACUAACAACUCACAAGCCUAUUAUCAAAUGAAAGAUCUUACUAUCCCCAGUGAAUUGAGAUUAACAUCAACAUGAGCAGAGAGGUGACCCUUUUAUAAUAUAUAAUUUGCAGCAUCACACAUGAACAAGCCAAAUUCCUUUCGGAGAAAUAUGUUUUGGUCUGAUGAGAUAAAAAUUGAGUUAUUUGGAAACAAGAGUGUUUGAAGACUCAAAGCAAGGCUUCCAAACUUUAAGAACAAUGUUGCAGCUGUCAAACAAGGUGGUGGGAGCAUCAUGCUGAGGGAAUGUUACACUGGCUGUGGUAAAGGUGCAUGAGGUUGAUGGAAUAAUGAAGAAGAGGCACUACUAUCUCCUGCUUCACCUCAAACCAACAGCUAAAUGGUUAAAACUGAACACUACUUGGUGUUGCAACAGGGUAAUGGUUCCCAGUCACACAAUAAAACUGGGUCUGGAAUGGAUAAAUCAGGCUAACAUCUAGCUCCUGGAAUGUUAAUGAACUCAAACUUGUUGAAACUGUAUAGACUAUGCUUAAAAGUUGAGCCUGUGCUAAGAAACCAACUACUUUUUGUGAGUUUUCCAUUUCUGCCUGGAGAAAUAGUCAAUUAUCCAGCCAAAACUAUGGCAGGGGGUUCUGGAGUGCUACAAAAAGAGUGUAAUUUCUCUUAAACUUGCUAAGUAAAAUUUAUCUAAAUAGUGGUGGGGAUGUAUGUACAGGAAAGCCCACAGUUUUCACAACCGUGGCAGAUUUAGUUUAAAAGUAAUGUUUAAUUUUGUACAAAUGUUUCUUCUAACUGGCAGUAAUAUUAAAGUUUUGGAGUGACCCAGUCAGUCUCAUUGAAUCUCUGUGAAGUUAGCGAAAGAUUAGGGUCAUUGCACAGAAGUCUUCAUCACCAAAUUUUCAAAAUACCAGUGGAAACAAUUAUGACAAAAUAUACAUAUUUUUAAUUAAUUACUGAGAAGGUAUGAAUCAAAUUUUCCAUGACAUACUUUCAUUAAAUAAUCUGUAAAUAUAAUAUGUAAAUAAAAACAUAUAUUUUUUUAAA